AUGAGGAAGAUUGAACAAGUGUUUUGUGAAAGAAAGGUUGAUAUGGUGCUACUACGAGAAACCAAGAGAUCCACAAUUGAUGAAAAGUUUGUCAGAUCAAUCUGGGGAAUAGAGCAAAUGGAUUUCAUGGCAGUUGAUUCAGCAGAAGUUGCUGGUGGACUCUUAUGCAUUUGGAACCCAGAAGUGUUUCAACUGGUGGACUGCUGCAGUAAUAUGAACUUCAUAAUUUUAUCAGGUACUCUCUAUAACAGCUUUGAUUGUGUGAUUUUAAAUAUUUAUGUUCCAAAUGAUUUGGGGGUGAGAAAGGUGGUGUGGGAUAGCUUGGUUCGAUUAAAGUUGGUCUACAAUAAACCUUGGUGCUUGGGAGGGGACUUCAAUGAGAUCAAGAAUAUAUCAGAAAGGAAGGGGUGUUCUAGGCAAGAUAAAGGUAUGAAGGAGUUUAAUGAGCUAAUUGAUAAACUUGAAGUGGCCGAUCUACCUAUGAUGGGAAGAAAUUUACCUGGUGCAAUUCUCAAGAGGGGAAGAAAUGGAGUAGAAUUGACAGGUUCUUGCCUAAUCCAGAAUGGUUACAAAUGUUUAAUUUCAAGCUUUGGGGGCUGCCUCGGAAGGUCUUUUGUGGAGAAUACGUGGCUAGAAGCUAAUGUGGUGGGAUGGGUUGGUUUCAAGUGUCUCCAGAAGCUCAAAAUAUUAAAACUGGCAUUGAAGCAGUGGGAUAAAGAAGUCUUUGGUGAUGUGAAGCAUAAACUUAAUCAAGUUGAAGAGGAGAUUCAUGCACUUGAUAUAAGUGCUGAAGAAAGACCUUUAUCUGAGGCAAAGCAAGCUAGAAGAAGAUAG